CAACAACUUGGCUGUGUCAGGCCUUCUUGCUGCCUAGCGAUUUCAGUCAUAUGAAUCCGAUUGUUGUGAACGGUAGUAAAAGAAACGCGCGUCAAGUACGACAUGAACUUUGGAGUUUUCAAAAUAAUGGCCAAGGCAAAAGUAAAUCUCAAGUGAAUCGCUGGAAUUGUAUUUAGGAAAUCGUAGACAUAUUGACGCGUUGCCCCUUGGCAUGUGGUGUUUUGCAAAAAAAAAUUAUCUUUAAUUUCGUUUUGAAUCGAGAAAAAAUACUAAUAACAGCAUUGAUGUUCUAAUCACGAUAUAAUGAUCAGCUGUGAUUUGUUGUGGACUAAACGAAAGAUCGCGUGUGUUAGUAAAGCACCUUAGGCUUGUGCUCACCCCCUGCCAAAAAAAAAAAAAAAUCGAUCUGUGGUUUGGCGCAACUGAGUGGUGGCGUUUGUUUGUUUUUAAAUUUUACAUUCAAACAAUAACAAAAACAAGUGUAUGUAUUGUGUUUUGCCAAGAGAUUUGGCUAAAGUAGUUCUAGCAGAUUUGUUGCACACACAAAAACCCUCAGCAGCAGCAGCAUCGACGGCACCGUUGACGUCGUAUUGAGAGUUUUGUUCACUUUGCAAAACUCUCUUGUAUCUUGAACUUGUCUCUUCUGCAACACUUUAGUUUGUUUGUGUUGUUGUUUUGCUUUUUGCCAAAUUGACGAGCACAUCUUUGUGCUUUGGUGUCGGUGGCGUUGGCGAUGAUUGUUGUUGGUCGUUCGUUCUGUUUUGGAGCAGCAUAGACUGAAACGUGCACUCUGCGUUUUAGUUCGAAUUAAAACGCCGUGGUUGUAACAUCGUAUUGUAGAAAUUUCUUUUGUCGUGUCGCGCCUUCUAAACUUCUAAAUAACAAUAAUACAGCAUCCGCAAGACAAAUAGAAAAAUGAGCUGAGGAAAAUUGUCAUUAUUUGAGCGAUAUCUUAUUACAUACCUAAAAUAGAAAUUAGUGAGAAAAAAUACUGCCGGUAUUUAUGUGAAGUGUUUGUGUUAUUAUUGUGUGAUCUGUGCCAUAGAAGUGUAAACAAAGUAGCAAUGCAAAUGCAUGAAAAUAAGGUUGCCAAUGUUUAUGUUUUCGGUUUUGUUGUUAUGUUAAGUGAUUCGUUUUGGCAACAUUGCAACAUAAUUGGCAAAUGAUUUCAUAUCAAAAGUGUUGCAAAAUACGUCGGUGUGUUAAAAGGAAAAAACAAAUAUUUUUUGCUGUUUACUUACUGGAAUUUCCAUUAGACAGCUUUCUUCUACUCGAGAAGUAACUAAUUGAAAUGCUUAAUGCAUUAUCACGAUCAUUCGUGGAUCUUAAGUAAAUGUUUGCAUUUUGAUUUGCCGGUUCAAUUCCCAGUAGCCAAUCGGGUUAGACCAUCCAUAGCUCAUUGUUUGUCUAUGCGUUCAACAACAGAUGCGGAUGAUAGACAGUCCACCAUCAACAUCACCAUUAACAGAAGAAGACGAAGGAAACCUUGGAAAAACCAUACGAAGAAGAAGAGCACACUAUUUGAGUUUCAGGCAGACUUUUGUCACGCUGUUCGACUUUUAUCUCUACACAUUGCCAUACAAUCUGCUAAAUUGGCCAUAGGCUUUAAUAUUUACAGCAUUUGUCGCCCAUAUGCCGUUUCGAAGAAGGCAGACGAAGGAAGAAAGUGUCGUAAAUGUUAAUGGUACUGCUGCUACUCAAGUAUGAAGUGUUAAAGACUUUUUGCCAAAGAUCUUUGUCUUCCUCUUCGUAUUAGUGUCUUCAAAUCAAAAGGAGGACGUCUGUGAGUCUGCUAAAUGGAAGCAACGACAAAAUAGUAGUAACCACGACUCUUGGCUGUUGUUUGAAGUGUAAAUUAAACGACAGCUCAAUGUGAAUUGGUUUCCUGACGUACUCUAACUCCGAUAUUGCAUUUCAUUCACAACACAUUUCAGUUCAAUUCAAGCCAGACUAAGUGCCAUAACCACGAGACACAUUGCAAGCGGCAACUGAAACCAGUUUGAAUUGAAAGUAUUUCGCGUUUUGCCAAUCUCCUCAACGUUUAGGAGAUUUGGGCACCGAAGCGCUGGCAAAAAGGAACAGAGUCCUCCAUCAUACAGCAUCACCAAAUUGAAUUGAAAAGAAUACUGAAGCAAAAAACAGUCAACAUUCAGUGAAGAAUACGAAGCAGAAUACUCCACAUCCAGUUUGCAGCUACCUUUCUUUUAUGUUUUGCCUUUUUACAACUACCAUAAGGCAAUAGUGGUUUGCUUCCUCAUAGCAUUCAUCAUCUGUGGUAGCAGUAGCAGUAUCAUCACCAACCACCUUUAUCCCCACAUCUUCAACUGCCAUCGACAGACAUCGACAUUGUCCAAGAAAUUCACCGCUCGCUCCAGUCUUUGGCUCGUGGGUCGUGAUAGCACAAUUUCCACUGUUAUUUCUUAUUUAAGCGCUCCAAAAAUAUUACUUGCCGAUUUAUACAACCAAUAUGUCCAGAUUCAGUCAAAAUGAUGUGUGUCAAGGUUUUAAAGUGUUUAAUAGUUUCUUUGAUCUUUCAAGAGGUUAGUUGCGGAGCUCAAAUACAUUGGAUUAAUUGUUCUACCAGUGAUCCCUCGCAUUUCAAAUUCGCCACUUGUAAUUUGAGAAACUUCAAGAAGUCUGAUGCGCAAUUCUCAUGCUACGUUCAAGUAUUGGAGCCCAUAAGGGAUUGCAUGGUGAGGUUGGAGACGCUGUAUUUGGUGGGCAGAAAGCCCAUUGUUUUACUCAAUGCCUCCUGUGAUGCGUGUGAGCUAUUGAAAAAUCGUAAACGAUUUGUAGCAGUCAGUAGAAUGUUCGACAUAAUCGCUGAUAAAACCAAUUUGAAUCACACUUGCCCCUAUGCGCACAACAUAUUUGCCAAUAACCUUACGCUGGAUCUACAUAAAUUUCCAUUUCCUAUGCCUCGUGGAAAAUACUACAUGAAGGUAUCCUUCUUUGUUAAUAGAGACACGAAUAAGGUUUAUGUGGAAGGUGCUGCAACCAUUUUCUAAGAAAAACGCUAACUUGGAUUUUAUUUGGGCAAAUAAAGCUUUAAAAAUAUGAAUUUUAA